AUGGCCACCACCCAGACAUUCCGCAUUGUCACCUCUGAACCUCGACGGUUCGCCAACCCGUCGCCGCUAGGCUUGUCGGCUUUUGCCGUCACCACUUUUGUUCUUUCGUGCGUCAACAUGCACGUUCGAGGCGAAACAAAGCCCAACAUUGCCGUUCCCCUCGCCUUUGGCUAUGGCGGUUUGGUCCAGCUACUCGCUGGCAUGUGGGAAAUGGCUGUCGGAAAUACCUUUGGCGCUACAGCUCUCUCCUCCUACGGUGGCUUCUGGAUCGCCUACGGUAUCCUCCUCACGCCCACAUGGAACACCCUCGGCGCGGACGGCCCCUACGAAGGCGACACAGGAUCAGUCAUGGGUUUCUUCCUCACCGCCUGGUGGAUCUUCACCACGAUGCUCCUGAUCUGCACUCUCAAAUCGAGCUUCGCAUUCUUCUUCCUAUUCUUCGCCGUCGACAUGACCUUUCUCCUCCUCGCAUGCGAAAGCUACGCCAGCGAUCUAGGCAACGAGACGGCCAGGAGCGGACUCCAGCAAGCAGCCGGUUUCUUCGGUCUGCUAGCCUCGUUCCUCGCAUGGUACAACGCACUGGCCGGCAUGCAGGACAGCAGCAACUCCUUCUUCCGCGUCCCCAUGUUUCACUUUCCAUGGUCUGAUGCUGGCAUGCAAAUGCGAAAGGAGAGGGCCCAACACGACUUGGCUUGAUUUGAGACUCAUCACGACCUGGUUCGAUCGCCAUUUGGCUUGAUCGCGCAAUAUAUUCUGUUCUUGUUUUUAUAGAUUAUGACUUGGGAAAGACAAAAGUAGGUUAGAACGGGACUGCUUUGACUACCUAGACUAGACAGUAGGCCAUAUUUAAUGUUACCAUUCUACGAUUACCGU